AUGUCAGACGCGCGCGAGUUUGUGCACGAAACGAGAUGUGCCUUGUUGAGCUUGAUGUUCUGGUCUGUGCUCACAGGAGCUACGAGCAAGAGCUUGAACGCGCCCGUUUUACUCCAGCUCCCAUUUUCGUGUCUCGCGCUGAAACUGGUCAUCGCGCUGCAGAUGGCCUGCUACUGGAAUAGCCCGUCGGCCAAGGUCAAGGGGAUUACCGUCGUUGUAGGGACCGCAAAGCCGAUGUUGAGCGAGAGCUUGGGCCAGCUGCCGCCGGGAGGCGGGGGCGCGUUAGGGCCAACGGUGGCCGGCGGGAGCGGAAAGGCAGCGGUCGGGAUAGCUUGCAUCAUGCCCGCAACAUUGGUCCAGGAUUCCAUAGUUAUAUCCACCGCCAGCCCUGCUGGCGCUACUUCGGUUGGGUGUCUGGGCGGGCGUGGAUGA